AUGGGGAAGGAUAUAAGAUUAUUCCCUCUUCCCGAGAUCGAUGAGACACUUGACAUGGCAAAUGGUGUGAUGAGGGAGAUAUUCGAGGAGUCUAUGAUCACUAUGGACCAUGAGCAUGCAACCCUAUAUAAGUCCCUCAAUGUUGAGCACAGGGUCGUCUACGACAAGAUUCUAGCCAUGGUUGACAGCGGCAAAGGAGGCAUGUUCUUCGUCGACGGCCCAGAAAGCACAAGGAAGACUUUACUUUACAAGGCAUUGCUUGCGAUGAUCCACGGCCAAGGGAAGAUCAUCGUGGCGAGGGCUAUAUCUGGUGUUGUCGCUUCUAUAAUGCUCGGAGAAAGGACUGCACACUCAUGA